AUGCCGGUCAUUUCACUUGUUGUUUUGCUGCUGGGACUGGCCUCCUUCGCACUGGCGAAAGUCCAAUACCUAGGCGUCGCCAUCGCCGGAGAAGACUUCGGGUGUCAGAUCGACGGCUCAUGUCCAACCUUAUCAGUCCAGUUUGCUGGAGAUGCUACUGAUCAGAUGAAACAUUUCGUUGGUGAGGGCCUCAAUAUGAUAAGGAUCCCAACAUCAUGGCAGUUCUUAGUCAACAACCAAUUAGGUUCAACGCUCAACGCCAACAACCUGGCGAAAUACGAUCAGUUGAUGCAGGCAUGCUUAGACACCGGCGCUCACUGCAUGAUUGACAUACACAACUUUGCUCGCUGGAACGGAGGAAUUAUUGGACAGGGCGGUCCAACGGACGACCAGUUUACCAGCCUUUGGACCCAGCUCGCAACAAAGUACGCAGCGAACGACAACGUUGUAUUUGAGCUCAUGAACGAGCCACAUGAUCUCGACAUCGGCAUCUGGACACAGACGUGCCAGAAAGUGGUCACUGCGAUCAGAAAUGCCGGCGCUGUUAACCAGAUGAUUCUUCUCCCGGGAACCAACUUCGAUAGUGCGGCAACCCUAGUUUCGAGCGGCUCGGCGGCUGCUCUUCUAGGCAUUACGAAUCCUGACGGAACCACCAACGGCCUUGUCCUGGACAUACACAAGUACCUUGACGAGGAUAAUUCAGGAACCCAUGCAGAAUGUGUUACCGACAACGUGGCAGCGUUCACGGAAGUGGCCCAGUUCUUGAGAGACAGCGGCAGACAAGGUCUGAUCAGCGAAAGCGGUGCCUCAAGCGCGAGUUCCUGCUUCACGAACUUUUGCUCACAGAAUGCAUUCAUCAAUAAGAAUUCAGAUGUCUUUCUUGGCUUCGUUGCUUGGGCCGCCGGAAGUUUCUCGACGUCGUACGUCUUGAGCUUGACACCUUCAAAGAACAAUGGGCAGUACGUGGACAAUAAUCUCAUGACCCAGUGUGUUAUUGCCCCUUGGGUCAACUCGAAUGGAACCGCUUUCACAUCGCCAACUUCCCGCGCCCCGUCAUCGACCGCUUUCUCAUCACCAACGUCCCAAGCCCCACCGUCAACGCCUUCCACCGAGUCUAGUAUUAUUGCAUCCAUGGUCGUCUCAGGGACGAGCAUUGUCGAACCCUCCACGUGGAGUUUGAUGACAUUGACGACACUGAUGAUGGCUACGGGGACCCCGACAGCCGCUGCAACGAAGGCUCUCACUGCUGCAGAUUCUCCCCUCUCUACUACGACAAGCGGGCAGGUUGCAACCAGCUCCAGCACAGCGAGCUCAGACUCGGGCUUUGCGCCGGCAACGUCUACCGCUGCUGCUAUCUCUACAGUCCCUUCUGAGAAACUGUUGCUAUACGGGAUUUUAGCCUUGGUACUUCUGUGGUAA